CUUCAGAAUCCGGAGGAGGAGAAAGGCAAGCGGUAAACUUGAGAUUCGCAGUAGGGAAGUUUCACUCGAGGAUAUAUCUCAAGCCGGUGUUCUUCAAAGUUACAGCCACGAAACACAGGGAAGCAUGGCGAAUCUCCUCUCCGUCAGUGGGCAAGCCAAGGCCAUCUGCCUUGCUAGCAGGGACCCGAAAAGGAAUUCAAAACUGGCCGGCAGCGGCAAGCACCGCUCUCACAGGAGCCUGACUUUGUGCAUGGCAGCCAAAGAGAAGGCUGAAAUCAAUUUCGCGCCUUUCCAGGAGGUGAAGGGAGAGCUUGCCACAGUUUCCAAAGUUGAUCAGAGCAGCCAGUCCUUCGCGCGCAGCAACUAUGAAGUGUCUUGCGAGGCUGCUGUCAAUGACCAGAUCAACAUCGAAUACAACAUCUCGUACAUCUAUCACUCCAUGUUUGCCUUCUUUGAUCGCGACAACGUGGGCCUGCCCGGCUUUGCUGAGUACUUCAGGGAGAGCUCUGAGGAAGAGCGCGAGCACGCUGAGAAGCUGAUGCGUCAGCAGACCCGCCGCGGGGGUCGCGUGAAGCUGCAGAGCAUCCUGCUGCCGGAGACGGAGUUCAACAACAAGGACAAGGGCGAUGCGCUGUACGCAAUGGAGCUGUCGCUGUCGCUGGAGAAGCUCAAUUUCCAGAAGCUGCUUGCGCUGCACAAGGUCGCCGCCGAUGCCGAGGACGCCCAGCUUGCCGACUUCAUCGAGGGCAACUUCCUGCACGAGCAGGUGAAGGACAUCAAGCGCGUGUCCGAGUAUGUCUCCCAGCUGCGCCGCGUCGGCAAGGGCCUCGGCGUGUUCGAGUUCGACAAGUACCUCUCCGAUGACAUCAAGAAUGGCGCCUAGGCGGCGGAUUUGAAGCGCCCCGACGCCUACUCUGUUCUUUUCAGGAGUAGCCCCGGCGGUGUGUGGACCCAAGCCCAAGUUAAAAAAGGGGAUUGGGAGCAUUUGGCAGAAACCCAUCGUCUGGCUGUCACGGCAGUGCACAGCGGCGAAUGAGAUCACUGUUUUGUGGCAAGGAUUGAAGGAAGUAUGUUCUCACUUUGGGUUGCGUUUGACCGAAAGGCGCCUUUUCCUGUGAUGUGACCUGCAGCCGUGGCAAGCUGCAGAGCUCAUGUCCGCGAACAUUUUACACGUGUUUUGCAAACCUUUUCAUGCUCAACUCCAGGAUGGCAAAGAAGCCAGCUGCCCGUAGGGGAUAUGAAGGGCGGCCAUGUUAUUGGUGAGCCUGAUUCCAUCUGGUGCUGUUUAAUGCUGUGUUAUGGGUCUUGAUAUCUGGAUGUCCAAGGGGCACUGCCUGUGCCUUUUGGAUCUUACAUGAGAGUCUCACAGGCAGCAUUUGCUGCAGUGCUGUCCCCAGGUCUUAGGAUGCAUGACAUAUGUAGACUAAUCUUUGGCGGAUCAGCACUUAAUAUCACAUGAAGGUGGCGUGCGAUGAGGUUGUUCUUGCCAGUGACAAAGGCGGAUGGCCUGGGGAUAUUUGUCUAUGGUUAUUGCAUCGUUGUGGCAACACCAGAUUGCAGCAUGGAGUUGAGCACCCAUGUUCCUUGAAAGUUUCCUCCUGUGAAGUGAAGCGUCAUCUCUCUGUCUUGUGCAGAUUAUUAGAAGGUAUGCACCCAUCCAUGAAUGAGUUCGCGAUUGUCCAGUGACUCAUGGUCUGCUGAGCAAAUGCCCACAAGUACUUGAGGUUGUAAGUCAAACGCUGACGUUCUCAUCAUAUGAUUUUACAAUGAAUUCAAUAUACUAGC